GUGAGCUGAGAAGGUUCCGGGAAGGUUCCAAAAAGGUUCCACUUCGGAAGAGCAGGACUGGAUGCCCCCCUCCCGGCGGACGUGAGCCUUAUGACUUUUGGCGGGGCUGCAAAUGGGCGGCACAGGUGGCAACCUCUACCUCAGCAUGUUGACCGGCACCGAGGCGCAGACCCUGGCAAAGACCCCCGAAGUGAACGGACACCUCCACCGCGGCGUCAAGGACCUGGCAGACCUGAAAAUGGGCAUCCAGGACGCGAGGUUCUACUACCCGGACUCCGUUCCGGCGGGCGCCCAGGACGCCUUGGCCCUGCAGUACCACACGGAGCAGGCGGUCGGCGGCUUCGGAGCGCAGCCCGCCCGCUUCUACGCGCAGACGCUCGCCGGCUGCCCCUACGGAGGCGUGCGCUCUCCGCCGAGGAGCGCCGCUGCCGCCGGCCCGGGCUACGGGGACGGCUUCCCAGCGGUGGGCAAAGACGCGUACCCGCCCUCUCCGGAGAGCUUCGGGGCGGGCUACCAGCGGGCCACCCUGUACCCGCUGCCCGGCCUGCAGCUGUGUGGCAAGACGCAGGCGCUCCUCAACAACUACCCGCUGUGGGCCAAGUUCCACAAGUUCCAGACCGAGAUGAUCAUCACCAAGCACGGCAGGAGGAUGUUCCCCUUCCUGAGCUUCAACAUCAGCGCUCUGGAUCCUUCCGCCCACUAUAACGUCUACGUGGACGUGGUUCUGGCCGACCAGCACCACUGGCGCUACCAGGGAGGGAAGUGGGUGCAGUGUGGCAAAGCGGAGGGCAACAUGCCAGGUACAUUUCAGCACAAUAGCGCCAAUCUUCAAAUACACUGCAUGGAAUGCACGCUGUACCGUAUACGCUGUAUAGUGUGCAGCGUCACUGAUAUGCGCAGUAGUCAUGUGUCACGCUAUGCUGGACCUUACAAAACAAUCACGUGUUGUCGACAUGGCGCAGGAAACAGGACGUACGUGCACCCAGACUCUCCCAACACGGGGGCACACUGGAUGAGACAGGAAGUGUCCUUCAGCAAACUCAAGUUGACCAACAACAAAGGCAGCACCAACAACGUAGCACAGAUGAUCGUGCUGCAGUCCCUGCACAAGUACCAGCCUCGCCUGCACAUCGUGGAGGCCAAAGAGGACGGUUCUGAGGACGCCUUCCAGCCGUCCAAAGCUCAAACUUUCAUCUUCCCUGAGACGCAGUUCAUCGCCGUCACCGCCUACCAGAACGCAGACAUCACGCAGUUAAAAAUAGACCACAACCCCUUCGCCAAAGGCUUCCGAGACAGCUACGACACUUUGUACGCACCCCCCGACCCCGACCGCCUCACCCCCUCCCCCACGGACAGCCAGCCUUUGCUGCCGGGGGCCUGCUACCCUCCAGGCUACCUCUCGGAGCCGCAGUACAUCAGCCCUCUGCCCCAAAGUCGCUUCUACGGCCGGGAGCCCCAGCAGCACAAAGACCCCCCGUCCAGCCCCGGGCCCCACUGGUACCUGCCGUCCCAGCAGGCCGUGGCCCCCAACCGUCUCGACUUCCCGUCGUCCUUCGAGGGCGACUUCUCUGGAAACGGCCUCUACAAGCCCUUCCCCUUGCAGACCCCGCCUCACCCCGCCCUCAGCUACUACCCCGAGCACCCGUUCGCCUCCACCAGCGUGUCGGCGGCCACCACGGCGGGCUGGACCGCCACCCGGCCCCCGGCUCAGUACCUGAGCCACCCCAGCAAACCCGCCCCCAGCCUAGCCUGGUUCAGACCUCUCGCCUCCUCGCCCUCGUCGCCCGGCAACGCCAGGCUGCACGCCGCCCCGCUCCUGGAGCCCCCCCCGCUGGUCGACAAGGCUAAGGAGGCGGGGGAGGAGCACUGGCUGGAGCCGCCCUCGGUGAAGUCAGCUGACUCAGCAGAAUCGCCGCUGUUUGAGGGCGAGGUGAAGAAGAGGAGGGUGUCGCCCUACGCCUCCCGCAGCGAGAACUCGCCGCCGCGUGCUGCGGAAGUGUGCGACAAGGACAGCGACUACUUUGGCUUUUACACUCACUGAACACCCCCCCUCGUCCACCCUCCCUCCCCCACCCCCACCCUCCCUCACACCUCGAUGAGGUCACCGCUGUAGGUGGGAACAUUUGCGGCGGCCAUCUUUAAAGUGAGUGAUGGCGCUCAGGAGGACGUUUGAAGGUCAACGUCACAGCGGGACGCGGAGCGGAUGCGACGUGCCCCGCAGCCACGUGGACGCAACACACACCUGCGACCGUCGACUCAGAAACAUCUGGAUUGUUUGAAAAAAAAAAAACAUCUGCAUAUCUUGACAUGACGCCUGCAGGGCUCGUCUCUUCUUCUCUCAAACUAUCAAGCUGUCAAACUCCCUCUCUUUUCUCACCUUUUUGCACUCAUCAUUUCCUCCCAAACAGACACACUGCAUAGUGUAGCAACUAAUUUGGCUCCCUCUGGUGGCGACGCAGAGCACUGCAGCCUACACGAGCAAGCGCGUGACAACUUUUGUCGCUAAAAUGAAGGAAAAUAAGCACCAAAAUGCCCUUCCAGUAUAAAGAAGAAACUAAAGACAUCUCUGGGUCCUUCAGGAGCAUCUCAAGCAAACACAAAAUGACAAAUAUAUCUUAAAACACGCAGCGCUGAACUGUUGGUGGUGGUUACCACCGUAGUAACGGGACGCGCGGAAUCACGCCGCCACUUCCUGUCAACAUUUGCAUUACAAAAUAAGGGACGUUUGGGGAAUUCUGAUCUUCCUCGAGAAUUUCCACCGGAACCGGUACGUUUGAUGUCCGCAGAAGAGGCAAGCGUUGCAUUAGGGAGCCUCGCUCUUUUUCUUCUUCUGCGGUCGCCAUGAAAAGUGGGUCAUUCACACACCUGGAAGCUAAACAGAAGCUGUCACCGCCGUGAACAGGAAGUGGGAAGUGACCUCGCAGACACCAUGAGCCGGCGUUUGUCCUCACAGGCGGUGACAGUCGCAUCCUGACAGAGGCCGCCAGCCAGCGGUGGUCUCCUCACGCGUCUCCGCUAACGACCCCAGACAACACCUGACAGGUGGACGACAUGCUAAGCUAAUAGCAUUCGCGUAGUCAGCAUCAUUGACCACGAGGAGGUCGCCCCCAAACGGCUUGUAUUGGAACGACGACUGUUUGCCUUACAAAGACCACGCUGGCAUGAGCAGAAAUUUAAAAUAUGUCUUCAUAAUUGAGCUAAAGAUAUUGGAUCAUACUUGUCACAGUUUAAGUGCAAUUAGCAGUCGAAUCUCGCGAUAGCGAUGACGUCCUAAAGACAAUCAAAGCCGUUUAAUGCGGUCACGUGCUGCUCAUUCCCAGUGCUGUCAUGAGCGCCUCAGGGCUGCCCCCUGCUGGAUAUCUCGGCUGUGACAGCCAAGCUCUGCAGCCUCCCAAAUAACAGCAGACAUGAUUUAUAAAAGGACCUGCACUUAUUUUCAAGAAUGACAGAAGGGGGCGUGUACAGGAUGUCACAUGUUGAACCGAGCAAUAAUCCUCUCAGCCAUUGCAAUUUAUAAAAUGAGAUUUUUGAAAGAAAAAGUGUUAUUUAUUUAAGGUGACGCAAGUGAGUAUUGUACUGUUGUUUUCUUUUCUAUUCAAAUAAAGAUCUC